GAGUAAACUUUUUAUGCGCAUAAAACGACCAGGGGUAGAGAAAACGUUCAAAAAGGGUCGUCAAGAAGAGUUUCUUCUUCUUCUUCUUCUUCUUCUUGGAGUGUUCGCAUCUUGAUCGAAUCCCUCUUGCGCCAAUCAGGGUUUCCAGUGGAGCAGAGAAGAGGUGGGCGGAGAUGGAGCAGUUCCUGAAGGUGGGGGAGUUGAUCGGCAGCCUCAAGUCUCUGAUGGUGUUCCAGGACGAGAUACAGGUCAACCGCCGGCAGUGCGGGUUGCUGGUCGACGCCUUCGAUCUCGCGUUCGCCAGCGUCGCCGAGGAGCUCCGGACCCACUUCCGCUUCGCGGAGAAGCCAGCGGCCAAGUGGCGAGCUCUGGAGCACCCCCUCAAGGAGCUCCACCGCGUGUUGUGCGAGGGCGAGCAAUACGUUCGGUGGUGCCUGGAGCCCGGCGACUGGUGGAACAAAGCCAUCUCGCGCCACCGCAACACCGACUGCGUCGAGUUCCACCUCCACAACCUGCUCUGGUGCGUCCCAGUCGUGCUCGAGGCCAUCGAGAACGCCGCCGAGAGCGCCGACCACGACGACCUCCACAAGAAGAAGCUCAUCUUCUCCAAAAAGUACGAGAGGGAGUGGAUGGAUCCCAAUCUCUUCCAGCAGAAGCUGGGGAAGUCAUACUUGACCUCGCAAGAUUUCUGCAGCAGACUGGACUCCGCUUGGAAAGAGGACUCAUGGAUCCUCUCAGAAACCAUAGCCGAGAGGAGGCUUUCCACCACGAACCCUCUCACAAAACAGGAGAACAAGCUCGCCGAGCUCCUGGUUGGUCCCAGAGGCCACCUGCACCCCAGCUCAGUCCUGAUUGGUUCGCCUGACUACCAAGUCCGGCGAAGAUUUGAGGCCGGGAGCAACCACAAGGAGGUGCAGUGGAUGGGCGAGAGCUAUGUGGUGAAGCAUGCUAUUUGUGAUGUUGAUUCACUGAUGAAUGAGAUCUCCAUCCUAUCAUCAAUCGCCCACCCAAAUGUGAUGCAGUACCUCUACUCGUUCGCCGACGAAGAAAGGACAGAGUGCUUCAUGGUGAUGGAGCUCAUGAACAAGGAUCUCUCCAGUCACAUAAGGGAGGCAUCUUCCUCAAGGAGAAAGGUGCCCUUUCCUCUGCUGGUUGCAGUGGAUACAAUGCUUCAGAUUGCGAGAGGAAUGGAAUACCUCCACUCGAAGAAGAUCUACCAUGGCGACUUGAAUCCUCUCAACAUCUUGGUGAAAACUAGGAACCCUUCCGCAGAGGGAUUUUUGCAUGUGAAGAUCACUGGUUUUGGUCUCUCACCAGCCAAGAAAUCCAAGGCCAUGGCAAAUCCAUGCAUCUGGCAUUCGCCUGAGGUUCUAACACAGCAGCAGUCCGGCAAUGGCUUGAAUUUGACAGAUAAGGCCGAUGUCUAUAGCUUUGGGAUGAUAUGCUUUGAGCUUUUGACAGGAAAAAUUCCUUUUGAGGACAACCACCUUCAAGGUGAUAAGAUGAGCAAGAAUAUCAGGGCUGGUGAGAGGCCAUUGUUUCCAUCUCAAUGCCCAAAGUACCUCAUAAACUUGACAAGGAGAUGUUGGCACUCUGAUCCGGCACACCGACCAAGCUUCGCUUCAAUAUGUAGAGUGCUUCGCUACAUCAAACGGUUCUUGGUUAUGCAUCCAGAUCAAAGCCUUCCAGACAUGCCUGCACCUUCUGUGGAUUAUUUUGACAUGGAGAGUAGCCUUUCUAAAAUAGUCUCAAACUGGGCAAGGAGAGAUGAUCCCCGGGUCUGGGAAGUUCCUUUUCAGAUGUAUGCUUAUCGAGUUCUAGAAAGGGAGAAGACCGGUGCCAAUAUGAAGGACCGGACAUCUGAAUCCGGAAGUGAGGGGGCAUCCAUUUGUGGAGAUGAGAAUGUAUUCAAUGGCAUUCUAGAUGACACACUCUCAAAUUCUACUGAUUCAGUCAAAUUGUCCCUAGAGAGCACCCCAGAUAGGAACAAGAAAACACCAACAAAAUUACUCAAUGGAAAAGCAAAUAUGCAACCAUUAGGUCAGAACCAAAAAACAGGAGCUUUCCUAUCGCCGCGAGGAUCAUGUGGUCAAAGUGUAAAGAGGAAUUCUGAAAGACAAUUCCAACCAGUAGUAAUGAGCUCAGGAAGGCGGCGGACACCCUCAGAUCAUCCCUCUGAAACGGAAUUAGUAUGAGAUUUAAACACUGUUAUAAUCAAGAAUUGUUUUUUUCCCUAGAACGUCAAGCACAAGAUAGCAAGAGUCAUAUUCUAAACCGUCCAGUACUGCAUAGCUACAAUUCUAUCUUGCAGCCUUAGCUUCUUAGUUCAAAAAAUUGCAUAUGCUGAGGUUGUUAAUAGACUCAGCAUAUGUUGAGGUUGUUAAUAUACAGCUGAGUGUUCGAAAGGUUGGCGCUUAGUCAAAUGAACACGCAAUGUCUUUUCCAACUGGUAAUAGAGAAUUAUGAAACACUCAAAUAUGAAAAGAAAAUAAUGAAUGUUUUCAGCUACUUUGUUUACAGUACUA